AGAACAUAACAAUAAACUUAAUCUCCUUUUUAGAAAACAAGGGCAGCCUAGUUGCACAGCAACCAAACCUCUCGCCCAAGACCGAUUUUGAUUAGAAUGGUAAACAGCGGUGACCCAUUCAAAGAUGGCGGCAGACAGCCACUUUGAAUGUGUGUAGCUCUCCACAGCCCCGCCAAUAAUCCAAUCUCCGGCAUCAGGCUCCUAAAAGAAUUCACUAAGCCUCUUCCGAGUCUCCCAUUCUGAAGGAACAAGAAAGGAAAGAGAUGGCACAAACGCGCUCUGGAUGCCUUGCACAAACAUGGCCGCGGGUGCGUCAGCAGCUGCAGGAAGCCGCCCCGCACGGGGGCGCGCGCAGCGCAGGCGCACUUCCGGUCAUUCCGCGGAGGUGGCGGUGGUGGAGGUGGUAGUUGCCGGUCGGGGCAUGGUCCCCGGUUCCGAGGGCCCGGCCCGUGCCGGGGGCCUGGUGGCCGACGUAGUGUUUGUGAUCGAGGGCACGGCCAACUUGGGGCCCUACUUCGAGGGCCUCCGCAAGCACUACCUGCUCCCGGCCAUCGAGUAUUUUAAUGGUGGUCCUCCUGCGGAGACAGACUUUGGGGGAGAUUAUGGGGGGACCCAGUACAGCCUUGUCGUAUUCAACACAGUGGACUGUGCUCCCGAGUCCUACGUACAAUGUCACGCUCCUACCAGCAGCGCCUAUGAGUUUGUCACCUGGCUCGAUGGCAUUAAGUUCAUGGGUGGCGGAGGCGAGAGCUGCAGCCUCAUCGCGGAAGGCCUCAGCACCGCCUUGCAGCUGUUCGACGACUUUAAGAAGAUGCGGGAGCAGAUUGGCCAGACUCACCGUGUCUGCCUUCUCAUCUGUAACUCGCCGCCAUAUCUGCUGCCCGCUGUGGAGAGCACCACGUACUCCGGUUACACGACAGAAAACCUUGUGCAGAAGAUUGGGGAGCGUGGCAUCCACUUCUCCAUCGUGUCGCCCCGGAAGCUGCCUGCCCUGCGGCUUCUAUUUGAGAAGGCAGCUCCCCCAGCCCUGCUGGAGCCACUGCAGCCACUGACAGAUGUGAGCCAGGACCCCCGGCACAUGGUGCUGGUGCGGGGGCUCGUGCUGCCUGUCGGAGGUAGCUCAGCCCCCGGCCCCCUCCAGCCAAAGCAGCCUGUCCCGCUGCCUCCAGCCCCCACGUCUGGUGCCACGCUCUCAGCAGCCCCCCAGCAGCCUCUGCCCCCCGUGCCCCAGCAGUACCAGGUCCCCGGGAACCUGAGUGCAGCUCAGGUGGCCGCCCAGAAUGCAGUGGAGGCUGCCAAGAACCAGAAGGCUGGCCUGGGCCCACGCUUCUCACCCAUCAACCCACUCCAGCAAGCUGCUCCAGGGGUGGGUCCCCCCUUCAGCCAGGCCUCGGCCCCCCCGCUGCCCCCAGGGCCCCCUGGUGCCCCCAAGCCACCUCCCGUGUCCCAGCCCAGCCUUGUCUCCAGUGUGGCUCCUGGCCCCGGCCUGGCCCCGCCUGCGCAGCCCGGGGCACCGUCCAUGGCAGGCUCGGUAGCCCCGGUGGGGGUGAGCGGCCCCUCCCCUGCCCAGCUGGGGGCCCCAGCACUAGGAGGGCAGCAGUCGGUCUCCAACAAACUCCUGGCCUGGAGCGGGGUCCUCGAGUGGCAGGAGAAACCAAAGCCUGCCUCUGUGGAUGCCAACACCAAGCUGACGCGCUCCCUGCCCUGCCAGGUCUAUGUGAACCAUGGAGAGAACCUGAAGACGGAGCAGUGGCCACAGAAGCUGAUCAUGCAGCUCAUCCCCCAGCAGCUGCUGACUACCCUCGGCCCUUUGUUCCGGAACUCGAGGAUGGUCCAGUUUCACUUCACCAACAAGGACUUGGAGUCCCUUAAAGGCCUCUACCGCAUCAUGGGCAACGGCUUCGCGGGCUGCGUGCACUUCCCUCACACGGCCCCCUGCGAGGUGCGCGUGCUGAUGCUCCUGUACUCGUCCAAGAAGAAGAUCUUCAUGGGUCUCAUCCCCUACGACCAGAGCGGCUUCGUCAACGGCAUCCGGCAGGUCAUCACCAAUCACAAGCAGGUCCAGCAACAGAAGCUGGAGCAGCAGCGAGGGAUGGGGGGACAGCAGGCACCCGCAGGGCUGGGCCCCAUCCUGGAGGACCAGGCGAGGCCCACACAGAAUCUGCUCCAGCUCCGCCCGCCGCAGCCCCAGCCACCGGGUGCUGUUGGGGCCACUGGUGCGGCAGGGCAGCCGCAGCCUCAAGGUGCCGCCCAAGCCCCCCAGGGAGCUCCCCAAGGCCCUCCUGGAGCAGCCCCUGGCCCACCCCCACCUGGCCCAAUCCUUCGGCCGCAGAACCCCGGGGCCAACCCCCAGCUGCGGAGCCUCCUCCUGAACCCCCCUCCGCCCCAGAGUGGGGUGCCCCCACCCCAGGCCUCCCUGCACCACCUCCAGCCUCCAGGGGCUCCUGCUCUGCUGCCCCCUCCACACCAGGGCCUGGGGCAGCCCCAGCUUGGGCCCCCGCUCCUGCACCCGCCGCCCACCCAGUCUUGGCCUGCGCAGCUGCCCCCGCGGGCUUCCCUGCCAGGUCAGAUGCUGCUGAGCGGGGGUCCCCGGGGCCCGGUCCCCCAGCCGGGCCUGCAGCCCAGCGUCAUGGAGGACGACAUCCUCAUGGACCUCAUCUGAACCCCCGACACCCAAUAAAGUUCCUUUUAACACAC